UCACCAGCCCUCCCACCUUCCCAGCGAAAACACCACCACACCUCUCCCCGUCGACGCAAGAAGCAGCAGCGGCAUCCAUGGCCCCCAAGGCGGAGAAGAAGCCGGUGGCGGAGAAGGCCGAGAAGACGACGGCGGCGAAGAAGACCAAGGCCGAGAAGCGGCCGCCGGCGUCCAAGGAGGGCGGCGAGAAGAAGGGCAAGAAGAAGUCGAAGAAGAGCGUGGAGACGUACAAGAUCUACAUCUUCAAGGUGCUGAAGCAGGUGCACCCCGACAUCGGCAUCUCCUCCAAGGCCAUGUCCAUCAUGAACUCCUUCAUCAACGACAUCUUUGAGAAGCUCGCCGGCGAGUCCGCCAAGCUCGCCCGCUACAACAAGAAGCCCACCAUCACGUCCAGGGAGAUCCAGACCUCCGUCCGCCUCGUCCUCCCCGGCGAGCUCGCCAAGCACGCCGUCUCUGAGGGCACCAAGGCUGUCACCAAGUUCACCUCCGCUUAGAUAGUAUGUUCCCUGUUGUCCAGGUGGAUCGAUGUUUGCUCUGUAGGUAGCUGUUCGUACCAUGUCAUCUUAUAAGUUGUGUGGGAACACACAUGGUUUCAUCAUCUGGAGAAAUAGUAACAGUGCUGAUUUAUUCUGUCUA